AUGUUUCCAACCUGCAUCCAACCCCCAUCCAACCUGCAUCCAACCCGCAUCCAACUGCAUCCAACCUGCAUCCAACCAUGCAUCCAACCCCCAUCCAACCUGCAUCCAACUGCAUCCAACCCGCAUCCAACCUGCAUCCAACUGCAUCCAACCCGCAUCCAACCUGCAUCCAACUGCAUCCAACCCCCAUCCAACCUGCAUCCAACUGCAUCCAACCCGCAUCCAACCUGCAUCCAACUGCAUCCAACCCCCAUCCAACUGCAUCCAACCCGCAUCCAACUGCAUCCAACCCGCAUCCAACUGCAUCCAACCCCCAUCCAACUGCAUCCAACCCGCAUCCAACUGCAUCCAACCCCCAUCCAACCUGCAUCCACCAUCCAUCCUUCCCUCCACAUCCACAGUAGCAGGUCAUUGACCUCCUGCUUCUAUCUUCUUCUUCUUCUUCUCAGGUACCUGAACCUCCAGGGGAACCGUAUCAAUGUGAUCCAUGACAACGCCUUCCAGGACCUGGUACGGCUGGAGAACUUCUACCUCAAUGAUAACCUGCUGUCGGUUCUUCCCCGACUCCCCUUCAAGGGGCUCAGCCGCCUAAAGAUGCUGAACCUCGGGGGGAACCAGCUGACCAAUGUGUCCAGGACUUGGUUCAGUGACCUGAUGGAGCUGGAGGUCCUGUACUUGGACAGGAACCAGCUGCUGAACAUAGAGGAGGGCUCCUUCGAGAACCUGACCAGCCUGAUCACGCUGCACCUGAACAGCAACAACCUGACCACGCUGCCCUUCAGCGUCUUCCAGCCCAUCUACUUCCUGGCUCACCUGUACCUCUUCAGGAACCCCUGGGAGUGCGACUGCUCCCUGGACUGGCUCAAGCAGUGGAUGGAGAACUACAAGCUGGUGCGGGACAUCCCCUGCGCCUCGCCCUCCUCAGUGGCGGGUCUGGACCUCAGCCAGGUGGUCUUCCCUGCGGUGAACGGCUCCUGCGUCGACCCCAGCGAGCUCAACCUGACUACGGCGUCCUCGGAGCUCAUGUCCACCACGGAGAACCGCUUCAAAAGCCUCAUCUCCAAGCUGCUCCAGCAGGAGGUCAGGGAGGAGAUGGGGAACGGGACUGAGAGUCUACGGAACGGGACCCUGCUGGAUUCAGAGGGGGGCCAGCUGUCGGCGGGGGCCGGGGGGCCCCGGACCCACACCUUCCAUUCUCUGCUCGGCUUCAUGGCGGCAUGGAUCUUCUUUGGUUCGUUUCUCCUGUCAGAAUUCUCCUGAAGUCGCCUCCAUCUGUCAGGCUGACACGGGUAAAAUCUGUGGUUCUCUGGACCUUCUGGACCGUGGCCCAGAAAGUUCUGGUUCUGGAACCAACCUGACUUCACAUAAAACCAAGGGCUUAGAAAAACUUUUCCUUCCUCUCUGAUUUUUCUCAUUUUGCUUUUCUGUCACUUUCAAAUGUUGGAAUUCAAUAAAACUUUCAUAUUAAAGAUAAUCUGAGCAAAAAAUAAAAUCAUUUUUUAUUUAUUGA